AUGACACUUCUGAGACCUGAGCCUAUCGCCAUUGUCGGCAGUGGCUGCCGCUUCCCCGGCGGCUCCAGCUCCCCAUCAAAACUGUGGAAGCUGCUCGAGAAUCCCCGUGAUGUGGGUUCUGAGAUCCCACCUGAGCGCUUCAACGCUACAGGAUUUUUUCAUCCUGAUGGUACCCACCAUGGUACCUCAAACGUCCGACACUCGUAUCUCAUGGAGGAGGACAUCAAGGUCUUUGAUGCACCCUUUUUCAACAUCAGCCCUAACGAGGCUGACUCGAUCGACCCGCAACAACGCCUCCUCCUCGAGACGGUCUACGAGGCUCUGGAGGCUGGUGGCCACACCCUGGAUGCCCUCCGCGGCUCUGAUACAGCCGUAUACGUCGGAACUAUGGGUGUCGAUUACAACGACGCACUCCUGCGGGAUCUCAACACGAUUCCGACAUAUUUCGCCACCGGAACAAACCGCGCCAUCAUCUCCAACCGCGUGUCUUACUUUUUCGACUGGCACGGCCCCUCCAUGACCAUCGACACGGCCUGUUCUUCCAGUUUGAUUGCCGUGCAUCAAGGUGUUCGGGCGUUGCGAUCCGGCGAGUCGCGAGUUGCUGUUGCAUGCGGUACUCAGGUGAUCCUCGGACCUGAGGCCUUCAUCUUUGAGAGCAAGAUGAAGAUGCUUUCCCCUACCGGCCGCUCCCGCAUGUGGGACUCCGAGGCCGACGGCUACGCCCGUGGUGAGGGUGUAGCGGCAGUCGUGUUGAAGCGGCUGAGCGACGCCAUCGCGGACGGUGACCACAUCGAGUGUCUGAUCCGCGAGACGGGCGCCAACCAGGACGGUUUCUCCAACGGCAUCACGGUCCCUAACACUGAGGCCCAGGCUAUGCUCAUCCGCCAGACGUAUCAGCGAGCUGGCCUAGACCCAGAGAAGAAUCCGUAUGAUCGCCCCCAGUUCUUCGAGGCCCAUGGUACUGGAACCAAGGCCGGAGACCCCAAAGAGGCCGCGGCUAUCCACCGUUGCUUCGGCAACUUCGCCGCCGACGGAAUGGCCCCUCUGUAUGCCUCUGGCAUCAUCCAGAAGGGCAUCAUCCCUCCGAACCUCCUUUUCAACAGCUUAAACCCUGCUAUAGAGCCAUUCUACAAGGGUCUCGAGGUUCCCACAAGCAUCAAGCCCUGGCCCCAGUUGCCCGAGGGCGUCCCCCGUCGUGUCAGCGUCAACAGCUUCGGCUUUGGUGGAAGCAAUGCCCAUGCCAUCGUGGAGGAGUACCGCCCGGCCGUUGAGGGUGCUGCUGUUCCUCCCCGUCCUUCUUUCACGCCGUUUGUCUUCUCGGCCGUGUCCGAGGCCUCUUUGGUCGCCCAGCUCCAGGCUUACUCGGAGCACCUUGGAGAGAACUCCGACAUCAACCCGGUCGACCUCGCUUGGACACUCCAGUCGCGAAGGAGCCAGCUUCCAUUUAAAGUAUCUUUCUCUGCGGCGACUAUCGAAGAGCUCAAGGCCAAGAUAGAUGAGAAGCUCGCGCAGACUGGUGGUGGCACCACCGUUGGCACCCGGUCUAACAUCAAGGGCACCCCGCACAUCCUCGGUGUCUUCACUGGCCAGGGUGCGCAGUGGCCCGCCAUGGGCGCUGAGCUCAUUCGCUCCUCAGAGUUUGUCCGCAAGCGGGUCCAAGAACUCGACCAGUUCUUGACCACGCUGCCAGAAGGGGACCGCCCAGAGUGGAACCUGGAGCAGGAAAUGAUGGCGGGAAAUGACACGUCGCGCAUCGCUGAAGCCGCCCUGUCCCAGCCGUUGUGCACGGCCAUCCAGAUCAUCCUUGUCGACCUCCUACUUGCUGCCAGAAUCAAGUUCUCAGCCGUAGUGGGACAUUCCUCCGGUGAGAUCGGCGCCGCGUACGCUGCCGGAUUCCUCUCGGACAAGGACGCCCUCCGGGUUGCGUACUACCGAGGCCUGUAUGCCAAGCUAGCCGGUAAUGUGAUCGACGUUACCACCGGACAGAAGAGCCAAGGCGCCAUGAUGGCCGUGGGCACUUCGUGGGAGGAUGCGCACGAUCUCCUUAGCCUACGAGCUUUCAGAGGCCGUCUUGCCAUCGCCGCCCACAACUCCUCGGCGAGUGUUACCUUGUCGGGUGACGUCGAUGCCAUUGUCCACGCUAAGAAGGUCUUUGACGAGGAGAAGAAGUUCGCCAGAGUUCUCAAAGUCGACACCGCCUACCACUCACACCACAUGCUCCCCUGCGGUGACCCAUAUGACAAGCCUGUAGAAGCUAGCGAGGUGCUCCGGGGUGAGUAUUGGCGAGACAAUAUGCAAAACGCUGUCCGCUUCGCCGACGCCGUUAAGAAUGCCAUGACAAGCGAUCCUCAAAUCGUCUGUGCCGUCGAGGUCGGUCCUCACCCGGCCCUCAAGGGACCAGCGACACAAAACAUCGGAGAGGGCGUCGACUUCCAGUCGUACAAAAAGCUCGUGUCUGGCGCUGCCUCUGUCUCGAAACCGAAGCUGGUGGUCGGUCUCCCUUCUUACAAGUGGAACCACGGCAGGACGCACUGGCAAGAAUCUCGCAGGUCGCGAAAGAUGCGCGGCCGCCAGGACCGGUUCCACGAGUUGCUUGGUGUGCGGUGCCCAGACUCGACUGACCGCGAACUGCGCUGGCAGAACGUGCUCAAGGUCUCGGAGAUCCCGUGGAUGGAAGGCCAUCAGCUCCAGGGCCAGACCGUCUUUCCUGCCGCGGGCUAUUGCGCGAUGGCUAUCGAGGCGGCGAAGUGUCUUGCCGGUGAUGAGGAGGUCGAAAUUCUCGAGCUUCAUGAUCUUUCCAUUCCUCGGGCUAUCGCGUUUGAGGAUGAUAACAACGCCGGUGUCGAGACUCUUGUUACUCUGACGAGCAUCAGCCGCAGCGCUGGUGUUGGCGGAAAGGAAACCACCGCUAACUUUGCGCUCUAUUCGUGCCCUGUUUCUGGAGGUGCCACAAGUGAGGCGGAUAUGGAGCUGACGGCAAGUGGCAGCGUCAAGAUCGUGUUCGGCAAACCGAAUACCGAUGCCCUGUUCUCUACUCCUCUCCCCGACUACAACAUGGCUGAUGUCGACACCGAUCGGUUUUAUGCUUCACUUUCUAAGCUCGGUUAUGGUUAUUACGGGCCAUUCCGUGGCAUGACUUCCCUGAAGCGAAGGCUCAACCAGUCGUCCGUCCUCGUCGAUACGUAUGCCUAUGGCGAAGAAACCGUUGACCACGCUACUGUGUACCUGGUUCACCCGACCUGGCUAGACGUGGCAUUCCAAGCCUCGAUGCUUGCCUUCUCCGCGCCCGGUGACGAACGCCUCUGGUCGCUCCAUGUCCCCACUUCGAUUCGCAGCAUCCGCAUCAACCCGGAGGUAUGCGGCACGCUUCCGCUAUCCCAGACGAAGAUUCCGGUCUGCUCAUCUCUCGCUGACGGGGAUGCCUUCUUCUCCGCAAGCAUCGACCUGUUCAGCGAGGAUGGCUCGUCGACGAUGGUUCAGGUCGAGGACUUGGAGAUCAAGCCCUUUGCCCCGGCGACGGCAGCCGACGAUCGCCGUCUCUUCUCAUACACUAAGUUGGAUGUCGCCUCGCCCGACGGUGCUUCAAUCGUUCAGGGAGAUUGCCCCACGUCCGCCGAUAGGGAUCUGGCCGUCCUGUGUGAGCGCGUCUCGCUUCACUACCUUCGCAAGUGGAAAGCAGAGAUCACCGAUGAGGAUUGGGCUAAGGGCCAGGCACAUCACGAUGCCCUUCGCAACUACAUGAACCACAUGCUCGGCCUCGUGUCGCAGGGCCGCCAUCCGACCAUGAAGAAGCAGUGGUUGAAUGAUACUGCCGAGGACAUCAAGGCCAUGACCACUAGCAGCAGCGAGUACCUCGACAGCGUCGAUCUUAGACUCCUCUGUGCUGUUGGAGAGAACAUCCCGGCUGCCGUCCGAGGCGACACGACCAUUCUCGAGCACAUGCUCCCUGAUAAUAUGCUCGACGACUUCUACAGGGAGGGUCUCGGAUUCGCUAUGUACAACACCUUCCUGUCGCGCAUGAUGAAGCAGAUCGUGCACCGUUACCCGCAUGCGAAGAUCUUGGAAAUCGGUGCCGGUACUGGUGGUGCUACACGAGCAGUUCUGAACUCCAUCGGCCACAAGAUGUCGUCCUACACAUACACGGAUAUCUCGGUCGGCUUCUUCGAGAAGGCAACUGAAAUAUUCAAGGAGUAUAGCGACAAGAUGACCUUCAAGACGCUAGACGUCGAGAAGGGCCCGGCGUCCCAGGGCUACGAGCCUCACUCGUAUGACAUCAUCAUCGCUUCCAACGUCCUGCACGCAACUUCUUCCAUGCAAAAGACGCUGGAGAACACCCGCCAGCUCUUGAAGCCUGGCGGCUAUCUCAUGCUGCUGGAGCUGACCAACAACGAUACCGUCCGCUUUAGCAACAUCAUGGGUGGUCUGACUGGUUGGUGGCUUGGCGUUGACGACGGUCGAAAGUACGCCCCUACUAUGACGCCCGGUCAGUGGCACAACGUCCUACGGAAGGCCGGAUUUGGAGGUGUCGACGCCAUUACCCCUGAAAUUGACACCUUGGCCUGGCCCUUCUCUAUCAUUGCGUCUCAGGCUGUGGAUGACCGCGUCAAUUUCCUUCGAAAGCCCCUGGCCAGGACCUCUACUUCUACCUCUAUCUACCUUGACAGUGUUGUAAUCCUUGGUGGCACAAGCCUCGAAGGCGCCCGCAUUGCCGAGGAAGUCGUCGAGUACCUUGGCCGCUUCUGCGGCGAGAUCACCGUUCUUGCCGGCCUGCCCACCGAGGAGGAAGCUGAGCGACUGACACCGAUGAGCACAUUCAUUAACCUGGUGGAUAUCGACGGUACACCCAUCUUUAAGGACGUAACCGCCGAGAAGAUGGAGGGCUUGAAGCGCGUUUAUGAGCUGGCCAGGCACUUGCUCUGGAUCACCCACAACGCUCAACUGGAAGAGCCUUACCACAACGCCAGUAUCGGCUUCAGCCGCGCCAUGCACCACGAAGCCGGCCACAUCAACAUGAACCACCUCGACGUCUCAGACCUGAGCCAUCACGGCGCCCCCAAGGCCAUCGUCGAGCACCUCCUGCGCCAGUGUGCCCUUGACGAAUGGGACAGUCAUAGGGGAGGCUACGGCAAGCAGUAUCAGAGCGGGAAGACCCUCUGGUCUCUGGAGCGCGAUGUAUAUGUCGAGCUCGAGCGUGGCGGCCAGUUCAAGAUCCCUCGUGUCAUCGACAACGUCAGCCAAAAUGCCAGGCUCAACUCUACCCGCCGUGUUAUAAAGAAGGUGAUCCCCAUCGAGAGCUCCUCGUCCACUACAGUCUCUCUCACUGCUUCUGCAGAUGACUUCUCCUCGCUUGCCCUCGUGGAACAGGCUCUCCCCACCACGUUACGUCGCCGCCGCGACCAGGACCAGGCUGGGGAGGACCGUGUGGUCAAGCUGGAGGCCUCGUCUGUGAGGGCCCUUCGGGUUGCCCCCGACACUUUCCUCUUCAUCGGCGUCGGCAAAGACAAGGAAAAUAAUACCGUCGCUACACUGUCCGACACGAACUCGCCCGAGACGGUCCCCAUUGUCAGCGUGCCUCUCGAUACUGCCCAAUCUGCUGAUAACCUGCUCGUCGCUGUUGUGGGCGAGCUCGCUGCUACUGCCUUAAUUCAAGCUGUCUCUGCGGGAAGCAGCAUCUUGGUGCAUGCCUCCUCGCACAGGGACCGCGUCCUCGCCUCCGCUCUGUCACGCCAGGCGGCUGACAAGUCCGUCCGUGUCACCUUCACCUAUAACACGGAGGCUACCACCACUGCCCCGGAUUCUUGGAUUGGGCUAAACUCUCGUGCUCCUAGACACGUCAUUCGAAAGACUGUGCUGCGCACUACGCCCACUCACUUCCUUGACUUGACAACAGCCAAUGAGCUCAGCACCAGCAUUGCCAGCAUCUUGCCGACAACUUGCAAGCGCGUCGACAGCUCUGAGAUCUAUCGGCAUCAGCCGUCCUCGCUGUCCCUGGCUUUGUCGUUAACUGCUAGCCUCGACGCUCUCGUCGCUCGCCUCCAGGAUGCCGUCUCCACAGUCACCGCUAAGGAUGGUGCUGUCGCCGGCGCUGAGGACUUGGUAAUCCAGCUCGAUCAAAUCCACGACCCUUCGCUCGCCAUUCACAUCACGAGCGUUGUGCAUUGGGCGCAGGACGGAGACGUCCAGGUCGAGGUCGAAGUCCGCUCCCUCGAGCCGCAGCGCCUCUUCUCCAAGGACAAGACCUACCUGCUCGUCGGUCUUACCGGCCAGAUUGGCCAGUCUCUCUGCGAGUGGAUGGUCGCUAACGGAGCCGGCUGUGUGUGCCUGACGAGCCGUAACCCCAAGAUCGAUCCCAAGUGGGUGAGCGCUGUUGAAGCGACUAGCCCUGGCUCGACUGUCAAGGUCUUCUCCCUCGAUGUCACAGACAAGAGUGCGGUCGAGAAGCUGGUCAGCGAGGUCAGGGCCACUUGCCCCCCUAUCGCCGGUGUCGCCAACGGAGCCAUGGUCCUUCACGAUUGCCUGUUCUCCAAGAUGGAUGUCGAAGUCCUUCAAAAGGUCCUCGGCCCUAAGAUUGAUGGAUCGCGCAACCUUGACGAGGUCUUUUAUGAUGAGGACCUCGACUUCUUCAUCCUCUUCUCGUCGUCGGCAUACAUUAUUGGUAACUCAGGCCAGUCCAAUUACGCUGCAGCCAACGGUUAUCUUAACACACUCGCCCGCCAGAGGCGCAGACGCGGCUUGGCUGCCUCGGCCUUUGACAUCGGCCGCGUGGCUGGUAUCGGAUAUGUUGAAACGGCCGGACAAGCUGUCAUGGACCAAUUGACUCGUUUCGGCCUCAUGGCCAUCUCUGAGACCGAGUUCCGUCAGAUCUUCGCUGAGACAAUCCGUGCCGGUUAUCCUGUUCCUGAGGACACUGAGCCCGGUCACAUCCCGGUGGCCAACGUCACCACUGGUAUCCGCAACAUCCGCGACGACGAAGAGAUCGGAGGGCCUUGGUUCGACAACCCCCUCUUCUCGCAUUGUAUCAUUGAAGCGAACGGCGCCAAGUCGGACAACACUCAGGCUAACAAGAGGAAUGCUCUGCCCGUCACUGAGCAACUUGCCUGCGCGGCCAACAAGGAACAGGCUCUCGAGGUUCUGCAAGAGUGCUUCUCGAACAAGCUCAAGGUCAUGCUGCAGCUCUCAGACCAAGAGAUCAACCCGGAGACCUCCCUCGUCGAGCUUGGCGUUGACUCCCUCGUUGCCGUCGAAGUGCGAUCGUGGUUCCUUAAGGAACUACAGGUCGACGUUCCUGUCCUGAAGGUCGUCGGCGGGGCCUCUCUGACUGAGCUCUGCCAGCAUGCCCUCAACAAACUGCCAGAGGAGUUGCUUGCCACCAUUGGAACUGGCGACCCCAGCAAGGCAGCCCCGGCGGUCAAAGCAGUACCAGAAAUUGAGCUCAACGCUCCCGCGACCGUCUCCACCGCAUCUUCCACUACUAUGACCAGGUCUGCAUCCCAGGCCAGCUCGACGCCUGUAUUGUCGUCGUCGACUCCAGCCACCGAGUUAUCCUCCAGGUCGGCCUCUCCCGAUGGCUCCUCCAAGGCAGCGACAGGCACCGGUACGUCCUCUCCGCUACCACCAUUCCUACUGCCACCACCUAUAGGUGAGGCAAAAAGUCCGCCGGUGAAGAGGAAGUUCCUAAAGACUGAGCAGAUCUCCUUCGGCCAGUCGAGGUUCUGGUUCCUCCGGCUCCUGCUCGAGGACCCCACCACCUCUAAUGUUGCCUUCUACUACAAGGUCACCGGUAGCCUGCGCAUCGGUGAUUUGGAGAGGGCGGUGCGUAUGGUCACGGCCAGGCACGAAGCCCUGCGGACGGCGUUUGUUGAACACGAGACGCAGGCGGACCAAGCUUACCAGAAGGUCCUGGGUAGUUCGCCUGUCCGCCUAGAAGUUAAGAAGGCGAAGUCGGUGGAGGAGGUUGUAGCAGAGUAUCACGAGCUACAGAAGCAUAUUUUUGAUCUUGAGAGCGGCGAGUUGAUUCGCCUAGUUCUCAUUUCCCUUUCUCCUACAAUUCACUAUUUCCUAUUUAACUACCACCACAUCAUCAUGGACGGCGUCAGUUUCCAAGUCCUCGUCCAAGACCUCGAGAAGGCUUACAAGGGCCAGCCUCUUGGACCAGCACCUCGUCAGUUCCCGGAUUACUCUAGAGCUCAGCGCGAGGCCUACGAGUCGGGUAAGAUGGACGACGAGCUCAAGUACUGGCGGUCCAUAUUCCCAACCGGUCAGGAGCCCCCAGUUCUACCGCUACUGCCGAUGGCCCGGACCAGCUCCAGAGCAGCGAUGAAGAACUUCGGUGUCCACCAAGUAAUGCAGAGGAUUGAGCCAGGACUGAUGGCGCGAAUCAAAGCCGUGGCCAAGUCACAGCGCUCUACGCCAUUUCACUUCUACCUGGCCGCCUACAAGACUAUGCUAUUCCGCUUCACAGAGGCAAACGACUUGACGAUCGGCAUCGCCGAUGCCAACCGAAGCGAUGGCGACCUCACGGGCAGCAUCGGAUUUUUCCUCAACCUGUUAACCUUGCGAUUCCGCCGACAGACCGACCAGCGCUUCUCAGACGCCGUUGCCGAAGCCCGCACUACAACCUACGGCGCCCUCGGCAACUCACGUCUGCCCUUUGACGUACUACUUAAGGAUCUGAACGUGAACAGGUCCUCAGACCACAGCCCCUUCUUCCAGGCUUUCUUCGACUACCGCCAAGGCGCGCAGGAGAAGUUCUCUUGGGGAGGAAAUACGCAGUUUGAGUUCCAGGAGGUUCACCCCGGACGAACGGCCUACGACAUUACUCUGGAUAUCACCGAUAACGCUCUAGAUUCCCUUGCCAUCUUCCGCGUGCAGAAGGGGCUUUAUGACAUCACGGCUGCUAACCUAGUUCUCGAAACUUAUAUCCACUUCCUCGACGUCCUCUCUAGCAACGCCUCGCUUACCCUGAAGUCUACCCCGCUCUUUAGCGACGGCCAGCUUUCUCGAGCUACGGAGAUUGGCCGCGGUCCCGAGUUGGUCUCGGACUGGGCGCCUACUCUUCCCCUCCGGAUUGAUGAAGUAGCGCAGAGGAACCAGGGCAAAUCCGUCGCCGUCAAGGAUGGUCUCGGACAUUCUCUCACCUACUUGGAUUUAAUUAACCGCAUCGAGGCUAUCGCUGAGGCGCUGCAAAAAGCGGGAGUCAGUCCUGGCAAUCGAGUACCUGUCUUCCAGACUGCCUCCGCUGACUGGGUCUGCUCUAUGCUCGCCAUCAUGCGAGUGGGUGGUGUCUAUGUGCCGCUUGACCUCCGAAACCCACUCCCACGUCUAGCAGUCGUCGUCGUCGACUGCGAGCCGGCUGCCAUUCUGGUUGACUCUACGACCCGGGGUGAUGUCAAGGAGCUCAACGUGCCCGGUACCGCUAUCGUCAUCGAUGUUGAAGGCCUCGCAUCGAAGGCAUCAGCCCCUGUUCCCAACAUUUCCAAGCCAGACUCUCCCGCGGCAAUCCUCUACACGAGCGGUUCGACUGGGGCGCCCAAGGGUAUCGUGGUCACGCACGCUGGCCUCCGCAACGAGAUCGAGGGUUAUACCAAGACGUGGAAGCUAGGCGCCGAGCGGACGCUUCAGCAGAGUGCCUUCACAUUUAAUCACUCCUCGGACCAGAUCUACACCGGCCUUACCAACGGAGGCAUGGUGUACGUCGUUCCCUGGAGCAAGCGAGGCGACCCCAUCGAAAUCACUCGGAUCGUCAAAGAGGAGUCUAUCACGUACACUAAGGCCACUCCGGCAGAGUACUCACUCUGGCUUCAGUAUGGCAACGACAACCUCCGGCAGGCGACCAGGUGGCGUGCCGCAUUUGGCGGCGGCGAACCCAUGCCUGUCGCUGUAACUAAGGAAUUCGCGAAGUUGGGCCUCCCGCAGCUGCGCCUUUACAACUCGUACGGUCCGACCGAGAUCUCUAUCUCCUCGACUAAGAUGGAACUUGACUACCGCAACACAGCCGCGAUGGAGGAAGAAAAUGGCCGCAUCCCAUGUGGCUUCUCGCUCCCCAAUUAUUAUGCCUACAUCUUGGACGAGCAGCUCCGGCCCUUGCCCGCGGGAAUGCCAGGAGAGCUCUGCAUCGGUGGUGCCGGUGUCUCCCUGGGUUACCUAAAGAAUGGCGAACUGACCAACAAGCAUUUCGUCCCGGAUCCCUUCGCCACUAACGUCAAGCAGGCUGUCGCGAACGGCUGGACGCGCAUGUACCGCACCGGUGAUUUCUGCCACCUCCGCGACGAUGGCGCCUUGGUCUUCCACUCCCGCAUGGCUGGUGACACACAGGUCAAGAUACGCGGUCUACGCAUCGAACUAAGUGACAUCGAGAGCAACAUCGUCGCCACAUCCGAUGGAGCCCUCAAGGAGGCUGUCGUUACUCUACGCAAGGGUGACCCAGACUUCCUAGUGGCCCACGUCGUAUUUGCACCGGGCUAUGAAAACACUGACAACACCGAGGCCUUUCUAGCCGGCCUCCUCAGCCGGCUCCCGAUCCCUCAGUACAUGGUCCCUGUGGUGGCCAUCCCCCUCGAUAGACUUCCGCUGACCAACCACUCCAAGACGGACCGCAAGGCGCUGAAAGAGUUACCUCUACCACAGCUUUCCGGAUCCCGCAAUCCCCAGGAGCAGGACGAUGGCAGCAGCGAGGAUCUGACAGAAACCAUGUUGCGCCUCAAGACCGUGUGGCAAGACGUACUCAACAACAAGGAACUGGGCUUCGACAUUCGCCCGUCGACCAGCUUCUUCCUCGUCGGUGGUAACUCGCUGCUAGCGAUCCGGCUGCAAUCGCGCAUCCGGGACGCCUUCAACGUCACCGUCCGCCUGGUGGAUCUCCUUCAAGCUAACAAGCUAGGCGAGAUGGCCCGCAAGAUCGAGGAGAGCGCUAGCGUGUCGGUAAUCAAUUGGGACCAUGAAACCAAACCACCCACUCUGCCCAGCUUCCUGCAGCAGGGUAGCAUCGCCACAGCUCCGCCGUCGAACGGCAAGAAGACUAUCCUAGUUACCGGCGCCACGGGCUUCCUCGCUAAAUACAUCCUCCCACAGCUCAUCGCCAACCCGGCCAUCGGAACGAUCCACGCCGUCGCCGUCCGCAAUCCUUCGAAGCUUGAGCUCAUCUCCUCUAACUCGUCUAAGAUUAUCACCCACCUCGGCGACAUCUCAGCACCGCUUCUCGGGCUAUCCGAGGCCGUGUUCAGGGACUUGGCUAACUCCGUCGACGUGAUCAUCCACUUUGGCGCGGCACGGUCCUUCUGGGACAACUACCACGUCCUGCGCCACACCAACGUCCAAGGCACAAGCGAGAUCGUCAAGCUUGCCGCCCCCCGCCGCGCCCACAUCCAUUACAUCUCCACCAUGGGCGUGCUACCUCGCGACGAUGUCGGGGUUACCAACCCACCAGCCUCCGCCGCCGCCAACGUACCCCCUGCUGAUGGCAGUGACGGCUAUGUCGCGACACGGUGGGCGAGCGAGCGCAUCCUUGAACGAUCCGCCGAGGCCUUAGGCGUGCCUUCCACCAUCUACCGCUUCCUCCCUUCCAUGAAGAGUGCAACAGCCACGUCGCCAGCCGUGCUCGACGAAUUCGUCCGCUUCGUCGACGUGACCGCCGUGUUCCCGGAGAUGUCUGGCUGGACUGGCCGCAUUGAUAUGAUGCCGGCGUCGCAGGCGUCAAACUGGCUCUUGGACUCGGUCUUUGACACUGUUGCCAACAAGGAUGACAAUAACGGAAGCCUAGUCCGCUUCGCACACAUCGAGAGUACCACGGUCGUCAACGUCGUCGAACUCCACGACGCUAUCGAGCAGCACCGCUCUCGCAACGGAGGAAGUGAGACCAUGCCUGGGCUCCGCUGGAUUGGCCACAUCAAGCAGCUCGGUUUUGACUACUUGUUGACGUCACAGGAUGCCACGGUGCAGGGAGUUGCUGGGGCAGGUGGGCUCAGCGCCAAGUUCGAGUCGCGUCGAUAG